UCUAGGAGGGGAGGACUGACAAGGUGGAAAAUAAAAUUUAGAUUUUAUUUUUCAGGGAGAAUAUUCAAUAAAUAUUGUAGAAAUGAAUGGCCCAAUAAAAAUGUAUCGAACGAAACAAAUUAUAAAGCACGAUUUACCCGUGGAAUUGCCGAAAUGUAUGUACGCUUUGAAAAAUAUCCAUUCAAACUCCAAAAGUGAUUGUGGAAGUAACAAAGACCACGCUAAAGCAUCGAACAAAAAAUUGGAUAUUUUCGACCAGGUUAAGCAGUUUUUGAAGGUUUUAUUCGUUUUCGUUAUUACAUUUGUGUUCAAUAACUUUGCAGUUGGUAACAAUUUGGAACUACUGGUAACUCCUCUUCCGAUUUUGGGUGAAGUUAAUCUCUUGAGGUAUUUGGUCAGAGUCACCGAAGCACCUUUGAAUUACGAUUCCGAUCAAGAUUUUCACGAAAUUGAUUCUCUAUUGGAUUCCGCCUAUCUGGUGGUAAAGUCCAGGACUAAAACAGAAAGGACCAGCUUCUUGCAGUUUCUAAACAAGUCUCUAGGAAAGUCGCAGUGGCUAGCCGGAAGAACAACUGCUAGUAUAGCCGAUAUAGCUGCCUAUUCUGCCAUCAGACAAGUUUCGAACGCAGCUGAAAUGACUGUUAAUUUAGGUAAAUGGUUCCAACGAUGUGAAACCCUUGUUUAGUCUCAAUAAAUAAAGAGCUCAACGGUC